UAAGUUGAUGGUAUGGCAUCACCUAGUAGCAGUCGAAGAUCAAUGAAUGAACUUUCGCCUGUGAUUAAAAAAGUAGACAACACACUGAAGGAGCAGUACAAGAUUGGAGACCGUGUGUGGGUGAAAGUCAAUAAACAGCCGUGGUGGCCCGCAGAGGUAGUUGAAGAUGAAUGUAUGCAAGAGCUGAUGUACGAAAAUAAAAGAAGGCCGGUAGUUGUCAAGUACUUAGGAGAAGAUGAAUAUGCUCGAAUUACCAGUCCGAAGUCAAUCUGCCACUACAAUUGUCCAAUGAGAGAGACACACAAAGUGGAAGGUCUUAGAAUGAAAACAUCGAAAGAUAAAGAAACAAGAGAAAUAUUUUUAAGGGCUUUAAAACUGGCUGAAAAUAUGGACAAAAAUUCAGACUUAGAAGACCCAGAGGCAUCAGUGACAGGUGAAACAGGUGAACACAGAAAACGUUUAUUCCAAUCAGAUCCAGACUUAAAAGAUGAUUCAGGUCAUCAGACUAAGGAGUCGGAGGAAUCAGUGAAUAUCAAAAAGACAGAUAAAUUAGGAAAAUCUAAAUCAAAACCGCAACUACAGGAGGAUCAUCAGAUGUCCACUGGACCUGUACCUGAGUCAGAGGAGAGGAUAAAUUCACCUAUCCCCCAGACGUGUUCCCCUAAUGCUGAUGAAAAGUCACAGUUCACCUGUGGGGCCUCAGUGUGGGUUAAACUACCCAGGCUACCUUGGUGGCCAGCAAAGGUGAAGGAAGUGACACAAAGCAGGAACAAGCCGUCUAUUUGUGUUGCAUUUUUCAAUGAAGACGACAUAGAGGACAUUAAAGACCUCAAGAAAAUCAAACAGUUUCGCUGCUCAGAGAAAGAAGACUUCCUCAAUAAAGGUAUAAAGACUCUAAAAACCAAACAGAAAACAGAUUUAUUUCAAACAGCAUAUGAAAUGGCUACAUCCAAUAUGUUUGAUAAGAUGUCCCUGAAUGUAGAAUGUGUUCCUUUAAAUCAAACCUCUAGUGACGAAACUUGUGCUAACCCAGACACUAUGGAUCCUGAAUCUAAGGUGACGUCACUGACUAGAGCCAAAAGAAAAAGACAGUCUGGCAGUGAAGAAAGUCUGUCUGGUAAAAAAAGAAAAAAACAUAAUAGCAAAACUAGUGACACAACAGUGAACCAGUCAAACAAAUCCACCAAUGAGAAAAAUCUACGUAAAUCAUCUGUCUCAAAAAGUACUCAAGGUGAUACAAAACCAAAGUGUUCAAGUUAUUCCAACGUAGAACCAAAAAGGAAGGGGAUAUCAGUGUCUAGGAAAAAGUUCAAGUCCGCAAACUGUGUGAAGACAACUAGUGAUAAUCAGGAAGAUCAAUUAAUGGAGGGUGAUGACUCAUUGCCACAAUUAAUGAAACGAAAUAAGACCAGGAAAGGCCAGAUCAAAAACUCUACCUCUAAGUUCACAAAAAAGAGGAAAACCAUGAAAAAGAAAAGACGGGGGAGAGGUGACACAAGAACGGAGAUACAGGAGGAGAGGGAUGAAGAAUUGUGUACGAGGGAGGAGACUGUUUACAAUGAGAGCAGUUCUCCAAUCUCUUAUGGUGGGAAGCUGGACUAUAAUGAAGCCAGUUCUCCAAUUCCAUAUGGUGGUAAAAUGGAUCACUCGGAAGGUAGCUCGCCAAUACCGUAUGGUGGAGACUUGAACUCUGAGAAGGCUUCGUGUCUUAUGGAAAAUAUCAGAGAAGACAAAGGUGUUCCGCAUGAUUCCCUGAAUCCAGAGACACUGAAACAUUCAUCAGACUAUGUGGACACUGGAGAGCUAAACAGCAAAACAGACACCAAGCAGCUUACUACCAAUGAUGAUGGGAAAAGAGAGGACUUUGACCCCAAUCUUGAUGCUGAUGAUUGCUAUGUAAGUGAUUCUGAUGAUGAAGAUUUACCAGAUGUACUUACGCCAUCUAGACAAGUAACAAUUAAAGAGAGAGACAUUGUAUGGGUAAAGUGGAAAGGAUGCCCUGUCUGGCCAGCUUUUGUCAGAAGACUGGGUAGAAAAAAGAGGAGGAUAGUUAAGGUGUCCCUUACUGUGAUUGAGCCUCACAGCUCUAUCCCUAAAAGACUGACCCUUAAUUACAAUCCAAGGACAGUAAUCCCUUAUAACACCCAGGAUUCAGAUAUCUUCAUGGAAAAGGGAAACAAUUUAGAGUGUGAGGGUCGGGAGAGAUUUACUAAGGCUGUAGAUACGGUACACAACUACAUGACCAAGAAGAUCCUGGGGACCCUGAGGAGAGAGGACACUGAAUUCAUGGAGUGUCUACAAGAGGAGGAAGAGGUUUGUGAGAAUUCCCCACCCCCAUCACCUGUCCCCCACACAGUGUCUCUCCCAGCCUCACCAAUGUCCACCCCCAGUGUAGACAGUGGGGAGAGUCUCAUCUUUAUAGGCUCAGAGGAACCUGACCCAGAAAUAACAAAAAGAUAUGAGAAGAUUAAAGAGAGAAAUGAGAGUCUUGUGAAGUUUUUAAAAUCUAGUGAAGUAAAGCAAUAUCUGAUAGAUAUCCUUACAGAGAAGAAGAAGAGUGAGAAGCAUACCACGUACAGAUACGGCCUAUCUAAGGCAAGGGACGGCCUUAAGAACCCUGGGUUUGGACCAAUCGCUGACGAGGAGCAGCAUGAUGACAUUUUGAACACUAUGUUGGCCUGGUACAAACAGGAGACAAGAGUUGCUAGUGACGAGUUCCCUGAUUGGAAUUAUGUCUUGGAUGUUUGGAUCCCAGAGGCCAUAGUCUAUGCUUUAAUAAAGUUGAAGAAGUACACUCGUAAGAAGGCAUGGCAGAGGUUUGAGAAAGGUGUGUACAUAACAAAGAAAGAGAGGGCGGAGGUCCACAAGUCGAUACUGGACAGUGCUAAAAGGAUAUCCCCCGAGGACGUCCAGAGGUACGAGGAGAAUCUAAAGGAUAGGAUGAAUGUCAUCUGUCAGCGGAGUGGACUCCAUAAUAUCAUCGUAUGAUUACUAGGACAUGAGUGAGACGAGGAGCUCAUGGAAAAAGUUAUGUAUCAGCAUUAAUGGAAUCAAAAAUAAUUUUUUUGACUGUUUGGCUGUACAGAAGAUGAUUUAUGAAAGGCUUGUCAUCCUAGGAUUACUGAGGCAUGUGUUAUGCUGGGGCUCAUCGUCUAUGAGCUUACUGAACUCAUCUUAUUACCAUGUUAUGAUGACUAGGGCACACAAGGGCAUGAGUUGUUCAAGAAUACACCAACAAAGUGAGGUCUACAACAUCAUGCUUUGGUGACUUGGGGCAUACAAUCAGUGAUAUAGAAAGAUGCCGAGGAAAUGAUUUUUUGUUUCAUUUGUUAAUUAGUGGACGCAAAAGGAUCAGUUUAUGACGAUGAUUUAACCUAGUCUAUCUUGCACGUACCACCUAGGUUUAUCACAUAAUGUUUUCAAAUCUCAUUACCUCAAUGCAAGCCUGUAAUAUCAUAAAUAUUUGCACCAUUAUGAAGCUUGUAAUUGAUUGCUUCAUAUAAUAGUUUGCUGACAUGUACUCAGGUACAAUCCUCAAAACUACAUUAUUGUUACAUAUACUUGUCAGUGGAAAUUAAUAUCCAUUAAAGAUAAUAUAUAUACAGUACGUCUUUUUGCGUUGUAAACAACUAUACGUAAAAGUAAUUUAAUUUAUAUGUAAAUUGAAUUAUUUUUCGUAAUUUGUUCUCCUUUCUCUUAGUUUUUUGCAAAUUAAACGUACAAGUAUUCACAGAGAAGUUUUAAAUCAAAUGUUUCUUUUUAAAUUGAAUGGAUUGUGAUGUGUGAUUAAAGCAUGAAAAUGAUCUGAAAGAUGACCAACAGCCAGUAUAUACAAUGUAGUUUACUAUAUAUUUUCUUCAUUGUUAAAGAAUAUAUACUUAACCUGCCAAUGUACUUAGGUAGAAAAUGAGAAUCUGCUUUAUAUGUAUAAUGGACUGCACUUUAGAAGUCUUGAAGACCUUCUAAAUUUCAGGAGGGGAAUUAAUUUACAUUUUAUUACUACAUUUGAAUUAAUUUUAAUGAGAUGAGGAGCAACUCUCAUAACUAUAGAUGUGGCUGUCUUUUUAAGGGAGAUAACUCUCUGCUUUGUGAGUGAAAUCAUUUAUAAAAUUUCUGUCUUCGACAAUGAUGCAUGCCAGAUUUUGUCCCAUAUUGUAUACAGUGUACUAUAAAUAUUUCAAGAUUUAUCUCCUUAUUUACAAGAAAAUUCUUCACAGAUCAAGGAUUGCUUCCCCUCCCCUUAACUAAGAGAUAUUUUGCAUCUUAAGGUUUGUGAAUGUAAGUGCUACAUGGUAGAUAUAUGUAUAUUGUAUAAAUGUAAUUAUUUGGUUGGUGCAGAAAGGUAUAACUAUAUGGAGAAAAAAAAAACCAUGUUAGGAAAACAAUAUGUAGCCUUAUUUCAAAUUUAUUUUGGAAAUGAUUCAUGGUGUGUAGAAUUUAGUGCAAUCAUGAUUUUUGAAUAAUUGACAAUGUAAAACAGAUGAUUUAUAAUUUCAAUCAAUUGUGAACAUGUGAUUUUUAAAUUCAGUGUUUGAAAUUUCUUUAUCUUUUAAUGAAAUUGUUUCAAGAAAAGGUUGGUUGUGAUUUUAAUAAUACUGUACAGGCAUUAAAUAUGACAGCGAAGAAGAAGGCAGUGAUUUAUUGUAAAAAGUAAAAGUCAAACAACUUCAAAUAAUAUAUUUGUUUAUAAUUAAUAUGUAAAUAGUUUUGAUUUUGUUUAUAAAAAUUUUAAUUAUGUUUUAAUUGUUAUAUAGUUUUAUAUGUUAGUACAAAUGAAAAGAUAGUA